UUUACUCCCCUGAAGAAGGCCAAAAGCAAGCGUCGAAACGUCGGAUGAUAUAGAAUUAUUCCGAUUUUAUUUCUAGCUGGCCAAAGCCAACCAUGUGGAAUCUGCAAUUUCGGCCGCAAGUGGUUGUUUAAGCAAUACAGGUUGCAUUCCCAUGAAAUAAUCUUGUGGGCCGCAGACCACAUGUUGGCACUCUCUGUUUUCGAGAGAGUCCCCAUAACCUGCGCUGGCUGACUGUUGCUAUUCGAGUGCGUUAAAGUGGAUCCAGUCUCCAAGCGUGACCCAUCGCGAACGGACAAACGACGAUUUGAGUGCGCCCAGUUGAGCUAGUGAGCAAACGGUACUCGGUGAUUAAGUUCUUCUAGUUGUGCCUUGGUCGAUCUUUGUUGUGUCUAGUUUGGAAGUUUUUUUUUUGUUUGGUUGUUAUCAAAAACCACCAACAAAAUUUAACAACCUCAGCACUUCGAGGCUACAACCAAAACAUAUCGAGGUUGACGUGCCAAAUAUGUGCCAGUAGUACUACUUACAUAGUUGUAGCAGUAGAAACACAGCGAGAGAGUUAUUAUUGCUUCUUUCUCUUUGAUUUACGGGUUCCUUCCUGAAAUCGAAAUCUUUUGAUUGAGUGGAGCUACGCAAGACGCUAUACGUACAGUUCAACACGGUUGUGGUCAACAAGUCACGCGUUGUCAGUCAUACGGAAGGUGACGGACGGCGUAGUCUGCAAAACAAACAGCAAAAGUGAAUUCAAGAAGCGAACUCAAUCGCUUUCCCUUGCUGGCGGGCCUAACCUUUUCUCCAUUUCACUCACGGUGCUGCGCGGUGUCCAUAGUGUACCCAAGUCUAGUGUGCUAAUAUAGAAAGAGGAAAAAAGAUUAGUGUGGAAAAUACCAAGUUUCAAUUGUUGGCACGCGUUGUUGCAUUUCGUUUCCAAGUGGUUGUGGUGUGGUGGUAAAUACGAAGACGCAAACCGAAGGGAACGCAUCGUCGAAAAGUUUGAUUUUCAUCCAAACGGCUGUAAACAAUGAUGGCCCCAGUUGGAGGAAAUACCGGCGACCCUAGGGAUGGUUCCAUAGCGGUCAUUUCUACCGGCGCUGUUGGUGUGGACGGAGCUCAUCAACCGGCAGCUGUUCCGGUCGAGGUGGACAAGCGCCGCAUCAAUCGAAUGUUUAGCUGGACUGCCGAUUCGCCCGUUGUCACAGGGAGUGAGACGAGUGUGGCGACGAUUGACGAUGGAGGGACGAUGUGGGCCAGGCAACAGCAUGCCGUUUCGGUGCGGCAUGCGUUCAAACAGUACGGCACCAAGAAGAAACCAAAUCAAGUUCUAUCAAACCUGAACAUGACAGUAGCCAAAGGAACAAUCUAUGGACUUUUAGGAGCAUCCGGUUGCGGCAAAACGACACUCUUAUCUUGUAUAGUCGGACGAAAGCGACUCAACUCAGGGGAAAUAUGGGUGCUAGGCGGCAAGCCAGGAACAAAAGGGUCUGGAGUGCCAGGCAAACGAGUAGGAUACAUGCCACAGGAGAUUGCUCUGUAUGGAGAAUUCUCCAUCCGGGAGACGAUGAUGUAUUUCGGAUGGAUCUUCGGCAUGCAGACGUCAGAAAUCAAGGAACGGUUACAGUUUCUACUCAACUUCCUGGAUCUGCCGUCCGAAUCGCGACUGGUGAAAAAUUUGAGUGGUGGCCAGCAGCGACGAGUUUCGUUUGCCGUAGCCCUGAUGCACGAUCCGGAGCUACUGAUUCUGGACGAGCCAACCGUCGGCGUCGAUCCAUUACUUAGGCAAAGUAUAUGGAAUCAUCUAGUGCACAUUACCAAGGCCGGUCAGAAGACGGUUAUUAUCACCACACAUUACAUCGAAGAAGCGCGACAAGCGCAUACGAUUGGUCUGAUGCGAUCCGGACGACUGCUAGCAGAAGAAUCACCCGCCUGCCUUCUAUCGAUGUACCGGUGCAGCAGCCUGGAGGAUGUGUUUCUAAAGUUGUCUCGCAAGCAAGGACAACAGAAUGCCGCCCCUGCUGAAUUAAACAUAAGCAAUAACAUAUCGCUGUCCGCGCUAGCGUUCGGCAAGGCCAAGGAUAACCCGGUCUACGUGAGUCAGGAGAGUGGCGUCGUAGGUUUGAAUUUCCAUCAAAGUAAAGAAGUACUCAUCACGGAUAGCAAUGGAUCGGCGUAUGGCAUCAACGGCAUCAACGGAUCGGCUCCGGGAGCAAUCAGUCAGGCCGUGGAAUGCGACGAUUGCGGAGAAUGUUCGGAUUGCUUUAAUAUCACAACCAAGGGUAAACUGCGAGCGCUUUUGGCUAAGAACUUCCUUCGGAUGUGGCGUAAUGUAGGUGUGAUGCUAUUUAUCUUCGCCCUUCCGGUGAUGCAGGUUAUCCUGUUCUGUUUGGCUAUUGGACGAGAUCCGGCAAAUCUACGGAUGGCUAUUGUUAACCAGGAAAUGAACACCACCAACGGUGAAUGUAUUUUCGAUGCCGGUUGCAGCUUCACGAACCUAUCUUGCCGCUACAUGAGCCAUCUCAAUUCGACAAUAGUGAAAAAUUACUACCCGGAUUUGGAUUCUGCUCUAGGGGCGGUAAGACAAGGUGAUGCGUGGGGCGCACUCUACUUCACGGAUAACUUCACUGAUGCGUUGGUAGCCAGAAUUGCGUUGGGUCGCGACGCUGACGAUGAGACGCUCGAUCAAUCAGAAAUCCGUGUAUGGCUGGACAUGUCUAACCAACAGAUUGGUAUCAUGUUGAAUCGGGAUCUACAAGUAGCUUAUCGGGAGUUCGCUCAGGAACUGUUGCGCGUCUGUGACAACAAUCCAAAACUGGGAGAUGUUCCAAUUCAGUUCAAAGAUCCCAUCUAUGGCACCAAUGACCCCUCAUUCACGGAUUUUGUAGCUCCUGGCGUGAUCUUGACGAUUGUAUUCUUCUUGGCCGUCGCUCUAACAUCAUCUGCGCUGAUCAUUGAGAGAACUGAAGGAUUGUUGGAUCGUUCUUGGGUAGCAGGUGUUACGCCAUUUGAAAUUUUGUUCUCCCAUGUUGUGACGCAAUUCGUUGUAAUGUGUGGCCAAACAGCUCUAGUAUUGAUUUUCAUGAUCGCGGUCUUUGGAGUUACAAACAACGGAGAUUUAGUUUGGAUCGUUAUGCUCACCAUUCUUCAGGGUCUGUGCGGUAUGUGCUUUGGAUUCGUGAUUUCCGCUAUCUGCGAGUUGGAGAGAAAUGCCAUUCAAUUGGCAUUGGGAUCUUUCUAUCCAACGUUGCUGCUGUCCGGAGUCAUUUGGCCAAUUGAAGGCAUGCCAUUGGUGCUGCGAUAUGUGUCACUAUGCCUGCCACUAACACUGGCAACGUCAUCGCUGCGAUCAAUCCUGACCCGUGGCUGGAGCAUAUUGGAUGAAGAUGUAUAUCUAGGAUUUGCAUCAACAAUUUCUUGGAUUGCGAUCUUCUUGGUGAUAACACUGCUCGUACUUAAGUUUAAGCGAGGCUAGGUACUAUUCGGUAGGGUUUAAUGUUUAGAGAUCAUUUAUUUAUAUGAGAGCGCAUGCAACCACGCAAACAAUCAUCAAACCCGUGUACGUUUUCCCAUAAUUUAAUGUAACGGUUUGCUUAUUUUUAGUGGUGGAAAUACGCAAAUCUAAUUCCUGCAAACUGUCCUGGGACGAACUUUGCUAAACAUCACUUUUGGAAUCUAGUCCAUUGAGAAUGUACAUCCCUGAUGCGGGCAAGUUUUAAUUAAAACUAGUCACCGGCAUGGCGUGUACGUCCCGACACCACUGACUACUUAUUGUUUUCCAAAAGUUAAUACUAUUUCGCUCUGUUCGAUUCCCAUAGUAAUUUGCAAUCAUCACGUUUAAGAAAAUGUCUCAAUCUCAAUAUAUGGUUGCGCUAUUUGCUAUCAUCUGCUCACUACUUGCUUUAGCAUUGCACUCUAGAACACAACCAUUUCCAAUAAUUAGUCCCUUAUUUAUCUUUCAAUUGAAUGUGUACAUGGCUUUAUUUGUAAUUUAGCACUCCUAUUCUGUUUUUGGGAAGUAUGCUUCUUCUAUUAUAACAAAUGUUUAUGAUAACAUGUAACUGAAUUUAAUUUGCUCAAUGUUUCGUUAGUUACUGUUGUUUAUUUUUGACUAAGUCCAGUAGAAAAAAUAAUCAAAACUCUUCUCAAUACCGACUUUUCAAACUAAUUCUCUGGAAAAUAAAAUAAAAAAUUGCAGAAAAUAACGAGGUAAUAGAUCUGUACAUAAACUAGCCAACCAGCAAUCAAUAGUUUUCAUGCGACGAUAAAAACCAACAAUUAUUGAACUGUGAUUAUACAUUUUUCUUUUUUUAUUCUAAGGAUUAUUUUUCUUAGAACUGUUUUACACUAACUUUUAAAGAAAAAUCGUAGGUGAGAACUUUUUAGAGGAAAAAAGGUACAUGAAGCCAAUUGCAAAAAAAAGGAAACCAUAGACUUAAUACCGUAACACUUAUGAAUAGACGUGGAUCCCACCAUUUCAGGGAUUUUCCAUAAACCGAAAACGCAUGCAUUCCAGCUCAUUGUAGCUAAUCGAAACGGCAGUGAGUUUGUUCACCACCUGAAAAAGAAAAAUCUUAAGCAUAUGCUAAUCUAGUUCUUUAUUGUUUGUGAAGGGUAAAGAAAAGCAAUACAACCAAGCCGGGGGCAGUUUACUGUCCUUUGGCUGUACUAUUUUAUAUCAUCCUUCCUCUCCUUGUUUGGAAUAGUGUCGCUUUUUCUUUUCUUGUAUAGUGGUAACAAUGGAGGAGAAGGCAAAUGACGUGUAUAUUGUGUGUAGAUAAUUCGGGAUUUUUUCCUUUACGUAAACAGUGAAUCUUUAGUAAUUGACAAAAUUAACCGAAACAAGCAUGGGAGCUGUAUAAGAAAAUUUGUAUGGAGGAGAAUGAAUAAAAUUAUCUUAAAUAAAAAAAACGUAGUUUUAGAAAAUUGGCAAUGAUGACAACACCCUACUAACACUGGUAACUGGUCAUUCAGUAGCUCAAUUAACUU